UGUCAUGCCACCAAAAUUGACAGCCGAAGAAAUCGCAGUCAAGGACGCAGCGCGCCUGAAUGAGCUAGGUUAUAAACAGGAACUUAAACGAGAGCUUUCGUCCAUUGGAAACUAUGGUGUCGCCUUGAGUGUUGUCUGUAUAUCCUCUGGUUUGACCUCGCUGUUCUCAUAUGGUUUGAAUACUGGCGGUCCGGUCGCGAUGACAUGGGGAUGGGUGGUCGUUUUUUUCUUCACGUUGAUGGUUGGACUCGCUAUGUCAGAAAUCUCGUCUGCUUAUCCCACAAGUGGAGGCUUGUACUGGUGGGCUGCCAGAUUGAGCUCACGUAGAUAUGCACCUUUUGCCUCGUGGAUGACGGGUUGGUUUAACUUGAUAGGUCAGUUUGCUGUGACAGCCGGUAUCGAUUACGGUAUUGCCUUGAUGCUGGGUGCCGUGAUCUUCAUUGGUACCAACGGAAAUUGGGUACCUACCCCCGGAGCAACCACUGGAAUCCAUAUUGCUAUCUGCGUUACUCACGGCAUUGCCAACUCGCUUGGACCCAAGGUUAUGACCCGUAUCAAUUCAUUCAGUACCUGGUGGCAAGUCAUUGCUCCUACCAUUAUCCUUAUUGUCAUUGCCGCUAAGGCUCCUACACAUCAACCCGGAAGCUUUGUCUUCACUUACUAUAAUAAUAACAGUGGCUGGGACAGUCCUGUCUAUGUUGUCUUGGUCGGACUUUUGCAGGCGCAGUUCACCUUAACCGGAUACGAUUCAAGUGCGCAUAUGUCUGAGGAAACCCACAAUGCAGAAAUCAGUGGACCUGUUGGUAUGACCAUGGCAAUCAUUGUCAGUGGUAUCAUGGGAUGGUUCUUUAUCAUCGGUUUCCUAUUUUGUAUCCAAGAUCUCGAUACCACCAUUGCCUCUGCCUCAGGAUUCCCAGUGAUGCAAAUCAUUGUCGAUUGUGUGGGUAGUGCUGGUGGUAUUGUUCUCAUGGUGAUACUGAUUCUUGCAUGCUGGUUCUGCGGAUUUGCUUCCGUUACUGCCAAUUCUCGAAUGAUCUACGCCUUCUCUCGUGAUGGUGCUAUGCCUGGAAGCCAAUGGUGGCAUCUUAUCGAUAAAAAGCGUCAGACCCCAGUCAAUGCUGUUUGGUUGUCUGUGUUGGUUGCUAGUUUGUUGGGUCUUCCUUCUCUUGGAAACGCCACAGCUUUCUCGGCCGUCACUUCUGUUGCCACCAUUGGAUUGUAUAUUUCUUAUGCUAUUCCCAUUGCUGCCAAGCUGGUUAAUAAGAAGCAGUUCAAGAGAGGUCCUUUGCAUCUUGGACCUGCCUCCGAUAUCAUUGGUGCCAUUGCUGUCCUUUGGAUUUGUUUUAUCACUGUUCUAUUCGUCCUUCCGCCUGUGAGUCCCAUCACUCCUGUCAACAUGAACUAUGCUUGCUUGGCUAUUGGUGCUGUCAUUCUUGGUGCUGGAGGUCGCUGGAUCGUUGAUGCGCGAAUAUGGUUCAAAGGACCUACUAUCAAUUUGUCUGAUGAAGAGCGCGCCCACGUGCACUUGGAGCGAGAUGAACAAGAUAUGCAAGCUGACGAUAUCGAGAGGCCUAAAACAGUUGACAGCGACGAUAUCAAAGGCGCUGAAGUGUCCGAGAAGGAGAUUGCAUCUCCUACAGCUUAAAGUCUAUCUCCUAUUCCCCAACUAUUUACUCGCCUUAUUUUAGUUACAGAACACUGUGAAUAAUCAUAUUAAACCUAUUACAUUA